AUGAGAAAUCACACAGUGGUGACUGAAUUCAUCCUUCUGGGAAUCCCCGAGACAGAAGGCCUCGAGCCUGCCCUUGUCUUCCUGUUCUCAUGGCUGUACACAUGCAGCCUCCUGGGAAACGUGCUCAUCCUUACAGCUGUCAUCUCCUCCCCUCGCCUUCACACUCCAAUGUAUUUUUUCCUGGGAAACCUCUCCAUGUUUGACCUGGGUUUCUCUUCAACAACUGCUCCCAAGAUGCUGUCCUACCUUUCAGGACAGAGUCAAGGUAUCUCUUUUCAGGGCUGUGCUGUCCAGCUCUUCUUCUACCAUUUCCUGGGCUGUACUGAGUGUUUCCUGUACACGGUCAUGGCCUUGGACCGCUCUGUUGCCAUAUGUUAUCCUUUGAGAUACAUCGUCAUAAUGAACCACAGGGUCUGCUGCAUCUUGGCCACAGGCACCUGGAUGGAUGGCUGUGUCCAUGCCACUGUCCUAACCUCCCUCACCUUCCAGUUGUCCUACUGUGGCUCCAACAAGGUGGGCUAUUACUUCUGUGACAUACCUGCAAUCUUACCUCUGGCCUGUGGGGACACUUCUCUGGCCCAGAGGGUAGGUUUCACAAAUGUUGGUCUUUUGUCUCUCAUUUGCUUUUCUCUCAUCCUUCUUUCCUACACUCGCAUUGGGAUCGCCAUAUCAAAAAUUCGCUCAGCAGAGGGCAGGCAACGAGCAUUCUCCACCUGCAGCGCACACAUCACUGCAGUUCUUUGUGCUUACGGGCCAGUCAUCAUCAUCUAUCUUCAGCCCAGUCUCAGUGCUAUGCUUGAUGCUAUAAUUCAGAUAUUGAAUACUCUUGUAACCCCUAUGCUGAACCCGCUGAUCUAUAGCCUGAGAAAUAAGGAUGUAAAAUCAGCUCUGAGGAACGUGUUUCCCAAGAGAGGCUUCGCUCUGGAGAAUAAAUGA